CUCUCUCUACGUUUCCCUUCCUCUCUCUCUCUCUACUUUUCCCCGUCUCUGCGUUUUCCUCUCUCUCUGUUUGAGUUUUCGGACAAUCUCUCUCCACAGUUCCCGACCACACGUUCGCUUUCUCUCUCUACAUUCCUCCCGCGCAGCGCAAAUUUCCACGAAAAGUCAAUUUCUUUCCGCGUCCUCUCUCUCUUAAAUUUCCUGGGUUCCUUGAUCAUCCUGAUUUGUAGAACCAGCACUGUGUAGUGAGAAUCUUAAUUAGGGUGUUAUUUCCUCUGAAGCGCGCUUACUUCACUCAAGCUCUGCAAUGGCUCAGAGAAAUCGUUUACCAGAUCAUUCUGGGCAUGAACAUGAUCGUCGAGUGAAGGGUUCCGAGAUUUUUAUUGGAGGCAUGCCUCGUAGUGUAACUGAGAAAAUAAUUAAGGAGGUUUUCUCUGCAUUUGGAGAAAUUGCAGAGAUUCGUCUGAUGAAGGAUAAGAGUGGCAUCCCAAAGGGUUUCUGCUUUGUAAGGUACACUACCAAACAAGCUGCUUUGAGGGCCCAAAAGGAAAAAGACCAGACUCUGCUACUAGGGAAGAGAAUUGGUGUUGCUCCAUCAUCAGAUCAGGAUUCCUUGUUUUUGGGUAACCUUCGCAAAGAAUGGGGCUUCGAGGAAUUAGAUAAAAUGAUUCGUGAGGUUUUUGAGGAUGUUGUAGCGAUUGAUCUGGCAAUGCCUCCUAGCAGUACGGGUUCUUCUGACAGAAGGCGCCAGAACCGGGGAUUCGCAUUUGUGCGAUUUCCCUCUCAUGCAGCUGCAGCACGUGCGCAUCGAGUGGGAAACCAGCCAGAUUUUCUCCUUGGAGGUAAAUGGCACCCUAGUGUUGAUUGGGCCGAUAGGGAAACUGAUGUUGAUCCAGAAGAACUGGCCAAGGUAAAGAUUGCAUUUGUUGCAAACCUCCCCAACAACAUCAAUGAGGAGCAUCUAGAAAGGUUGUUUAAUCCAUUUGGGAAGUUGGUAAGAGUUGCUGUAUCUCGAAAGAGUGGUGUGCCUGUGGGAUUUGUUCACUUUGCUAAACGCUCUGACCUCGACAAUGCAAUCAACGAAUUGGAUGGAAAGACUGUUGAAGGACCAGAGAAAGGGACAAAGUUCUCAUUGGAGGUGUCAGUGGCAAGGCCAGAUAACAGAGAUAGGAAGCGGACUCGUGAUGAAUCUCAAGAAAAAAUAUCUCAUAGGAGUGAAGGCAGAUUCAAAUCCUCUAGGGACUCCCCAUCGUAUAGAUAUUCAGAUAAUUCUAAAUCAAAAGCACCUCGGCUCACAAAGGGAUCAGAGGUUCCUGUUGCUGCUGAUCCUUAUGAGGCCGCUGUUCUUUCAUUGCCACCUGCAGUUACAGAGCGCCUACUUCGAAUUUUUCGCUUGGGUAUUGCCACUAGAUAUGAUCUAGACAUAGGGUGCAUUACUAGUCUUGGUGAACUUUCUGAGGUGGUAGCUGUCUCUGUACUUGAUCAGUUCAUGCAAAAUGCAGAUAGGCCUGGCAAAGGAGCAUACCUUUCAGGGUUAAUUUCAGGGCAUGAGGAUGAGAGACCUGGGUUGAAUAGGAGGCCCCUGCAGUUAUCGAGGGGAAGAUCAGUGGAAAGAGAUUCUGGUUCAGUCCGUGUUGGUCGCACUCGCUCCCCAGACUCUCUUGCUUUGCAUGCUGCUUCUUCUAGGUUCGACAGCUACAUCCCACGACCAUCUCUCUAUCCCUCCUACACUUCGCCUCUGUCAGAUGAGCUCCCAAAGCCGAGGGCAAGACUUAGCACCAAUGGUGACCCAGUUUCUCUCUCAUCAUACCGAGCUGCACAAAAAUCCUCUGGGGGCUAUGGUGGCUUAAGCAUUGAACGAGAUUCUCGCUUUGGCAAAGUUGCGGAGAGAGAACCUCACUUUGGCCCUGGUUUAGAGAGAGAUGCUCACCUUGGAUCAAGUUUAGAGAGAGAGACUAGCUUUCUCUCGGGUUUAGAGAGAGAGCCACGCAUGGGUUCUGGUUUUGAGAGAGAACCUCGUGCCGGUACUGGUUUUGAGAGAGAAUCUCAUGCUGGUACUGAUUUUGAGAGAGAAUCUCGCGCCGGUACCGGUUUUGAGAGAGACACUCGCAUCGGUCCAGGUUAUGAGAGAGGAACUCGAAUCGGGUUGGGUUAUGAUAUCGAAGGUCGCAGUUUGGGCCUGGAGAGAGAAACUCGUACUGGUUCGGGCACGGAGCGCCAACCUCAGGUGAAGUUUGACCCUUUCACAGGUACACCUUACAAGUUUGAUCCCUUCACUGGUGAGCCGAUUCAGCCUGAUCCGGCUCCGAGGCGGGCUGGUAGCUACUAUUGAUCUCCUUGUUCCACAAGUUGCUUUGUCGUGAACUUAUCUGAAAUCUUAUCUGUUCUUUUGGGAUAAUGUGAGGAGAUUUUGAGUGGAAUUUAAUCUUAUUGGGCAUUUAGUUUUUUGUUAUCAUGAAUAUAUAGUGUUCCUGAUUAUUAUAUAUAUAUUAUUAUCGUUUUUGAA